AGCAUCAUUUGCCACUUCUACAUUUCAACAGUUGUCAUUCCAUUAUUGCGUGGGAUUUUAAAGCUAGCAGAUACUUCCCAAAAGCGAAAAGUAAUUUUAUUUUACACCACAGUAUUUGGAGCAAAACCAUCGACAAUAUGGUCGACAACCUCUCUAGACACCUGCGAAGUUCCCUGUCGUAUUUCUGACGACAAAAGCUCAUUACUUCAGAGUGACGCUGUGAUUUUUCAUGGAAGAGAUAUGCCAGAAACAAUGCCUACGCGGCGAACUACCAAUCAGCGAUGGGUUUAUUUCAUACAAGAAAAUCCACAUUACACCUCACCAGAACCCCUAAAGUAUAACGGAAUGUUUAAUUGGACAAUGACGUACAAGCGCUCAUCAGAUGUGUGGGCUCCUUACGGCACCUACAGAACAGUUAAAAAUAACGACUUGCGAAGGAGUUAUUUUUCUUCAGGGGCAGGUGAUUUUCUUUUCGUCUUCUUGUUGGUAGCAGGUGUUGCCAAAACAUUAGAGAGCUUAAGCAAAAGAGGUUUUGUUUACGAUGCGACGCACAUCGAUCGUAAGUAGACUUUUUUCAUUAUUGGGCAGUGGUUUUGCCCAAAUUUUUGGAUAAAUCGUCUGAAUGAGAGUAAAGAAAUUUCGCGAUACAAAUUUGAAGCGUCAUGGCAUAUAAUUGAAAAAGCCUCAUUUCCGGUGAUUUGCGUCACUCUAAAAACGCUUUUGCUUAAGCCGUCCCCAUCGAUAUACCUUUCGUUAGUGGAAAUAAUUUUCUCCGUUUAUUUUCGCUUUUGCCAAAAAACGAGAAGCAAGUCGUUAAUUCAAUACGCUUUUUUCAAAAAUACCGUACUACUCUUUGUCUUCCCUUCAACGUUUGCAUAGGUAUUGUUUCAAUUUCUGUUGGGAUUAUUGCAAAAUUUUGGAAGGAAUACAAAGAGUAUUAUGGUAUUUUUGAAAAAGGCCGAUGCCUUUGUCCUUUUCUUCCAAAUCGCAAAAUUUAAGUCACGCAAAAUAUGCCUCUUUCAUUUUCGCAAGAUUAUAAAUUUAUUUAUGAGUGACCACGAAAAGCGGGAACAAUAAGGAUAGGCAGUCUGGGAGAGAAGUCAGCUCAAAGAAACGGAAGCUGAAGAUAAUAUAUUAUUUUUUAUUUCAAAACAAUUCGAAAUCUAUUUUUCUUAUUACAGUGAAAUCUCGAUUAACGAACCUCGAUAUAAGAAGUCCUCGGUAUAACGAAUGAUUUUCUUUACUCCAGUGAUAGAACCUUGAUAAGUCAAUACAUCGUUAUAGGAAACAAAUGUUGCCAGUCCCUUGGCCCUUCGUUAUAACGAGGUUCCCUGUAAUAAAUUCAUUUUACAGCCUCUGGCACUACCGUUAGGCUGCCUGUGAAAUUUUUAACGGUAUUUUUAAAUAUUUAAAUAUUUAAAUUUUGAUUUAGUUUUAUUCGUUUUUUUAACAGACAGAGACUUUGUAGUUAAAAAGCACCGCAUACAACGAAUACUUUUACUGGAAGAAACAAUACGAGGUUCGGUCGACAACACCUUUGUGCAGAUUGUGUAAAAUGUUACACAAUCAGUCUUUACCAAACAAGGUGUACUGGGAUUUGGGCAGCUUCUGGGGCGUGGAAGAGAAUUGUAUGCGAUUUUCGAAUAAGAUUAAAGAUCAGAUUUGA